UGUCUCACUGCAGUUGAACACACAUGGAGAAUGGAUAUGUAUUAGGGACACUUGAUAAUGCAAACUGAAAUCUGAACUUGCGUAGGAAGAUGAGGUGGGGGCAGAGAGCAUGGACAGAUGGAGGAAAGGUCAGAUGAAACCUAAAACCUCUAGCAACAAAACUGACUCACUCAGUGAUUAGAAAUUAGAGCAUAGCACUUGUGAUCAGCUCAGCUUUAGAAGUGCUUGCCUUCUGUUUGAGCUUUUUGACACAACAGAACGACACUACUGUCAUGGCCUUCUCCAAACUGGAUCUUCAGGAGGGCCUUCAAACCCUCUCGGUUAUCCAGUGGAUCCCAGUCUACAUAAUUUUAGGAGCUAUACCUAUUGUCCUGAUACCCUUCUUUCUGGUGUUCACUAAGUUCUGGAUGGUGUCUUUGCUCGCAUUGACCUGGCUCGCCUAUGAUUGGGACACCCACAUUCAAGGUGGUAGGCGUUCAGCUUGGGUAAGAAACUGGACCCUCUGGAAGUAUUUCCAAAAUUACUUCCCAGUAAAGCUGGUGAAGACCCAUGAUCUCUCACCUGAUCACAACUAUGUAAUUGUGAACCACCCCCAUGGCAUUGUCUCUUAUGGUGCCUUCAUCAACUUUGCCACUGAGGCCACUGGCGUUUCUAAGAUUUUCCCAGCUAUCACUCCAUCUUUAGGGACCUUGGAAGGGAUCUUCUGGAUCCCAAUUGUGCGAGAAUAUGUGAUGUCAAUGGGAGUACGCCCAGUGAGUGAAUCAGCCUUGAGCUAUUUUCUGACCCACAAAGACUCAGGCAAUGCUGUGAUUGUUGUGGUGGGUGGAGCUGCUGAAUCUCUUUUGUGCCGACCUGGAGCAUCUACCAUCAUCCUUAAAAAUCGCAAAGGUUUUGUGAGGUUGGCACUGAAGACAGGAGCAUAUCUUGUCCCUUCCUAUUCCUUUGGUGAGAAUGAAGUUUACAAUCAAGUGACUUUCCCUGAAGGCACGUGGAAAAGAUUUUUCCAAAAGAAAUUUCAAGAUACAUUUAAAAAAAUCCUGGGACUAAAUUUCUGUACUUUCCAUGGCCGGGGGCUCACUCGAGGAUCCUGGGGCUUCCUGCCUUUCAAUAGACCCAUUACAACUGUUGUUGGGGAGCCCUUACCAGUACCCAGGAUUAAGGACCCGGACAAGAAGACUGUGGACAAAUACCAUGCACUCUAUAUCAGUGCCCUGCAAAAGCUAUUUGACGAGCACAAAGUCCAAUAUGGUGUCCCAGAGACCCAAGAACUGACAAUCAUAUAA